CAUCCCUGCGCGUCAGACAGACAGACAGCAGAUGAAAUCAAAGGGGUAGAAACUGCUUCUUCCAUUUAUUUGACUCCAUCUGUCCCUAAUAAAAAUAUCUUUCAGCGGUAUCAUGAGUUGAGUCCACCUCAGUUUUAGUAGAAGGUCUUGGCCAGGGGCUGAACAUGCGUCCCUGCUCUACAGUCACGCACCUGCUGCUGAGAUGCAUGCGCGGGUGUUGCAGGCACAAUCGCAUGCCCAGAAGACUGAGGCAACCUCUGAGCUACAUCAAACUGAUCUUCAAAUCUCUUUAUUUUAACUCGCUCACUAACUCUGAGGUGGUGCUUGACUCCAUCCUUGAACCAGUGUUUUGGAUGGUGGAGGUUGUCACACGCUGGUUUGGAAUGGUUUUUGUAUUUUUAGUAGUCGCUCUUACCAGUUCUGUGAUUUUCAUCGCUUAUUACUGCCUUCUACCUCUGGUCCUGCAAACGUACUCUCCUGGCUGGAUAAUGUGGCACAUUUGUUACGGGCAUUGGAUCAUAGUCAUGAUAGCCUUCCAUUACUACAAGGCCACAAGCACUCCCCCUGGAUACCCUCCAAAGAUGAAAACUGACGUCCCGUUUGUGUCGGUCUGUAAAAAGUGUAUCAUUCCUAAACCGGCGCGAAGUCAUCACUGUGGCAUCUGUAAAACCUGUAUUCUAAAAAUGGAUCAUCAUUGCCCUUGGCUUAACAACUGUGUUGGUCAUUACAAUCAUCGUUACUUCUUCUCCUUUUGUCUCUUUCUGACCAUGGGCUGCAUGUACUGUAGCAUCAGCGGUCGGAAUCUCUUUAUCGAUGCGUACAAUGCCAUAGAUCAUUUCAGGCACAUGGAAGCGGAGAAACAGGGUGUUCCGGUGACAGGGAUUGGGUUGCUCAUAGGCAUUGUGCCGUCAGAAGGCGUGGCUGGGAAGUUAGUUCAGGAGGUUUCGCAACCUCCAUACACCAACAAGGACAGGAUGUUUCACAAGAGUAUUAUCUACAUGUGGGUCCUCACAAGCACAGUGUCAGUCGCCCUGGGAGCUCUCACACUGUGGCAUGCUAUACUCAUCACCCGUGGAGAAACCAGCAUUGAACGCCAUAUAAACAGCAAAGAGACCAAUCGUUUGGCCAAACGUGGGAAGGUCUAUCGGAAUCCCUUCAGUUACGGUAAACUAAACAACUGGAAGGUGUUCUUUGGUGUAGAAAAGAGAAGUCAUUGGCUGACACGUAUUUUCCUCCCCUCUGGACACACUCCAUAUGGUGAUGGACUGACAUGGGACAUUUACCCUCUUAAAAAAGACAUGAUGCCAGUCUGAGACAAUAAAGACUUGACUGUCUUAUUAGUUGACAAUGACCAGCGUGCUCAUCAGGGUGAGUCUCACCCGCUGUGCCAAAGCUGAAUGCAUAUCCAUGGCCCUGCGAACACAGGAGUCUCCAGAGCCCAGAUUUACACACUGAUCUCACUGGAUGACUUUUGCUCUUUCUGGCCAAACGAAAGGGCUGUCUUCCAAAAUUACAAUGCAUUUGGAUGGUUUCUAUCAAUAUUUUGUAAUGAAAGCAUGGCAGUUGUCUGUGAUAUCUAUGGAAGAUAGGUUUGUUGCCAUGAGAUUCUUAAUGUAUGAUUGUGUAAAAAUUGUUUUAACACAUUAUUUAUGUCACUCACAGUAUCAAUAUUUAAAUUCCAAACCACAUCUUUAAAAAAAAACGUGCGUAGGAUUUUAUUAAAUGUAAAAUAAAUGUUUUUUCACUGAA